CAAAGGCGCGGCCGCCCGGCGCCCCGAGCCGCCCGAGCCGCCCGAGCCGGGGCGCACAACCGGGGCGCAGCCCGCGCCCCCCGCCGCGACUGACAUGAUGUUUCCACAAAGCAGGCAUUCGGGCUCCUCUCACCUACCCCAACAACUCAAAUUCACCACCUCGGACUCCUGCGACCGCAUCAAAGACGAGUUUCAGCUGCUGCAGGCUCAGUACCACAGCCUGAAGCUCGAAUGUGACAAGCUGGCCAGCGAGAAGUCCGAGAUGCAGCGUCAUUAUGUGAUGUACUACGAGAUGUCCUACGGCUUGAACAUCGAGAUGCACAAGCAGGCCGAGAUCGUCAAGAGGCUGAAUGGGAUUUGUGCCCAGGUCCUACCCUACCUUUCCCAAGAGCACCAGCAGCAGGUCUUGGGAGCCAUCGAGAGGGCUAAGCAGGUCACCGCUCCCGAGCUGAACUCCAUCAUCCGACAGCAGCUCCAAGCCCAUCAGCUGUCCCAGCUGCAGGCCCUGGCCCUGCCCCUGACCCCACUGCCCGUGGGGCUGCAGCCACCCUCGCUGCCCGCCGUCAGUGCCGGCACCGGCCUCCUCUCGCUGUCUGCGCUGGGCUCCCAGGCCCAUCUCUCCAAGGAAGACAAGAACGGGCACGACGGUGACACCCACCAGGAGGAUGACGGCGAGAAGUCGGAUUAGCGGGUGGCGGGGUGGGGAGGGUGGGGGGGCGAGGGGACACAGACAUGGAGAGAGGAACAUUUAGCGCAAGACACAGUGUAGCUCGGGAUUGGCUGAACUCGGUAGUAUUUAUGGUAGCCGCCUGCUGGGGUCCUAGCCCUGCCUGUGUGCCACCCCUAGCUUCUCACACCCCCGGCUCCAGCCUCCCUCCUCCUCCUCCCUCUCCCCUCCUCCCCGCCCCCCCUGCAGCCGGAGUGGGCCAAUACCUGCCCAUUCCACCCGGGAGGUAAGCUGAGGCCUGGAGGCGCACAGGGGAGGCCAGGCCCGAAGACAGCAGAGCCUCCAGAAGCCCAGCACCCCCGCACCUCCCCGCCCGCGCCCGCCGGGCCCCUCAGGGCGCGCCCCCAGCCUCCCACCCUGGCACUGCAUGCAAACACCACGCUAGCUGCCCCUUCCCGCCCUGGGCACCCCGCGUCCCUCCCCCCUCACUCCCCUCCUCCUCCGCAAGGCUAGUUCCAGAGCCCACGCCCACCGCUCCUCUCCCCUGCAGGAGAGGGGGCGGAGAGAGGGAGCCUAGCCAGGCGCAGGGGUGGGGGCGGGCGGGCGUCCCAGAAUUCCCUUUCUCCCCUUCCCCAAUAAAGAUGAGGGUACUCAAGUUGUCUUGGUUUUUAUUUUAUUUUUUUCCUUUUUCCAGUACACUAGCUUGUCUUUUAAGAAAAGGGAUAUUUAAAAAAAAAAAAGAAAAAAAGGACAGAAAAAUGUUUUAAAAAAACAAGCAACACCCACACCUGUGUCUGUAUAUAGCCUUUUAGACUUGUCAGCUUUUGUUGUGUAGAGUCGUUUGAUCGCUGCGGAGAGAAGGGAGACUGCUGUACCGAGGGUGGGCUUAGCUGUGCCUUUCAAAUAAAGAUGUGAGAAGGUUG